CCAACUCUCUAUCCUCUCUUUCCUAUAUUCUAAGCAAACCCCACAACCAUCACCAUCAUCAUCACUACCAUUUCCACUCCAUGAAGCCUCCUCUUCUCUCUCUCUCUCUUUCACUCUAUAAAGUGUCCACCAAUCUAUAUGAUCUAAUUAGUUAUAGGAUCAACAAAAAUAACCCACCAAGAUUAUUAUUGUUGUUGGAUAGGAUCCAAGGCUUUAAUUUCUCUCUUAGGAGAUUGAUUUCAUGAUGAGGAAGCCUGAUCCAUCCGUGAAGGGUAGCAAUGGAGGAGGCAACAAUAGUAAUGGUACUACUAAUAAGCUUAGGAAAGGGUUGUGGUCACCGGAGGAAGAUGACAAGCUCAUCAACUAUAUGUUAACCAAUGGCCAGGGUUGUUGGAGUGAUGUAGCUAGAAAUGCAGGCCUGCAAAGGUGUGGCAAGAGCUGCCGGCUUCGUUGGAUCAAUUAUUUGAGACCUGAUCUCAAGCGAGGCGCGUUUUCGCCUCAGGAAGAAGAGCUUAUCAUCCAUUUACAUUCCAUUCUUGGCAACAGAUGGUCUCAAAUUGCGGCUCGCCUGCCUGGUCGCACAGACAAUGAAAUAAAGAACUUUUGGAAUUCGACGAUAAAGAAAAGGCUAAAGAAUUUGCCAUCCACUUCCUCACCAAACGCUAGUGAUUCAUCAACAUCGGAGCCUAGUAAAGCUGCAUUGGCUGGGUUCAUGUCAAUGCAAGAACAAGGAAUUUUGCCUAUGUACAUGGAUUUAUCAUCAACUUCGUCGAAUUCUUCUUUGCAAUCCAUGGUCCUGAAUCACACUGGAAACUCUUUACCGAUGCUCGAACAAGGCUUAAACGUGUAUGGGGCUACCGGAUACUUCAAUCAGGCCUCAUGUGUGACACAGGUUGGGGUAAAUGGUGACAGUUUCUAUGCUGAAAAUGAGAUAUUUGGCAGUGUUGACAAUGGGGUGGAAAGGGAGCUCUAUGUCCCUCCAUUAGAAAGCAUUGGAGAAAACCUUAAAACUGAAAAUACAUUUGAUAGGAACAUCAAUGACCCUUUCACUCUCAUAAAUAGUAGUAGUGGUAACAACAACAAUAACAGAUCAGAAAACAUAGCCAGCGUAGCCGUUGGGAAUUUUUGGUUAGGAGAAGAGCUAAAAGUUGGAGAAUGGGACUUGGAGGAUUUGAUGAAAGAUGUUUCUUCCUUUCCUUUUCUUGAUUUCCAAAGCUGAAUAAUUAAACCCUCCAAUUUUUAUCUUCUAUUCCCUUUCCAAACCUUAACCUUUCUUUCUUUGAUCAUGAAAACUACAAAUUUCCUAGAGUCACAUAAUA